AUGGCUGCUCAGCUGGUUGAAUGUGUCCCCAACUUCUCAGAAGGCAAAAAUCAAGAGAUUAUUAACGCCAUAUCGGCAGCCAUUAGCAACACACCCGGGUGUACCCUGCUGGAUGUCGAUCCCGGAACCUCCACUAACCGGACCGUAUACACGUUUGUGGGUCCUCCUGAUUCUGUUGUGGAAGGAGCGCUGAAUGCUGCUCAAAAGGCAUUCAGCCUUAUUGACAUGAGCCACCACUCAGGUGAGCAUCCUCGUAUGGGAGCACUGGAUGUCUGUCCUUUCAUCCCUGUGCAGAACGUCACAAUGGAGGACUGCAUCCGCUGUGCCAACAUCUUCGGACAAAAACUGGCAGAUCUGCUAAAUGUGCCAGUCUUCCUUUAUGGUGAAGCAGCACGCUGCGAUGCACGUAGGAGUCUUCCAUCUGUGAGAGCUGGCGAGUAUGAAGCUUUAGCUGAUAAACUCAAAAAGAAGGAGUGGGCUCCAGACUUUGGCCCCGCUACAUUUGUCGCAUCAUGGGGUGCCACGGUGACGGGUGCACGAAAGUUUCUCAUCGCAUACAAUGUAAACCUCAUUGGGACCAAGGAGCAGGCGCAUCGCAUAGCGCUGGAUAUAAGGGAGCAAGGCAGAGGAAAAGACCAGCCAGGAAUAUUGAAAAAGGUUCAAGCCAUCGGUUGGUACUUGGACGAGGCCAACAUAGCUCAGGUGUCAACCAACAUCUUGGAUUACGAGCAAACGCCCCUCCACUGUGUCUACGAGGAGAUCUGCAAGGAUGCGGAGGAUCUGAAGCUGCCUAUCGUCGGCUCUCAGAUUGUUGGUUUGAUACCUCUAAAAGCUCUUCUGGAUGCUGCAGACUUCUACAUUGCCAGGGAACAACUCUUCAUUGUGGAAGAGGAACAUAAAGUCAGACUGGUGAUCAGCAAGUUGGGCCUUGACUCACUGGGUCCAUUCAAACCAAAGGAGCGGAUAAUUGAAUACAUGGUGGGGUCGAACGAUGAGGGCCCCCUGGUAUGUCUUUCUCUGCAGCAGUUCAUUCGCAGUGUGGGUGCUCGGACAGCUGCUCCUGGUGGAGGCUCAGUCUCUGCCGCCGUGGCUGCUCUGGGAGCAGCACUGGGUGCCAUGGUGGGCCAAAUGACUUAUGGCAAGAGGCAGUUUGAAGCUGUAGACGGUGUGAUGAGGAAACUGAUUCCACCUUUUUAUCAUGCCAUGAACGAACUGCUGGACAUGGUGGACAGAGACUCAUCUGCCUUCAACAGCUAUAUGGCCGCGCUGAAGAUGCCCAAAAAUUCUAAAGAAGAAGUAAAAAGUCGUGAGGUGGCCUUGCAAGGAGGGCUGAAACAAGCAGUGAGUGUCCCACUGGCUCUGGCCGAGAAGGUCAGCACCCUCUGGCCACCACUUAAAGAACUCGUCUUAUACGGGAACAUCGGCUGCAAAUCAGAUGUUCAGGUUGCAGUCAAAGCAUUGGAAACAGCUGUUUUUGGGGCCUACUACAAUGUCAUUAUCAACCUUAAAGACAUCACAGAUGACAAUUUCAAGAAGACGACUCAGUCCAGAGCAUCGGCAUUGUUAGAGGAGGCAAAGAACUGCGCUGCCACCAUCCUUGAAGUUGCAGACAAGCGAACCUGA